CGUCAGCGACCCUGCGCUUCCGGUGUGGCCUAGGGUGGGAGUUGAUAGCAUGAAGAAAUGACUGCGUGUGGGACUGGGGAAGGAUUCGGAACAGUGACCUGGUGGGGGUUCAGCCCUGCAAUGGAUUUCCAGAAACAAGGGUUAUCGGCAUCAAUGAAGGCACUGCGCUCCAAUGAAGACGGUGUCCCUGAGCUGAAUAUCCUCAUGGUUGGUGCGGGCGAUAGCCGCCAUCUCCUAACAACCAUCUGCCGGGCUCACCGCUGGCCAACGAGGAAGAUUCACUUCUACAUCGUGGAGAACAACUUGGAGCUGCUGGGUCGCCACCUUCUCUUUCUCACCAUUGCUUUGGAGCGGCCAAGCACGAUGGGUUUGCGAGAAAAGACGGAGCUGUUGCUUGAGCUGUUUGGCAACAGUCUGAUCCGGAGUCAGACUGCAACAUACCUGCAGGAGAGGGCCAAUGAUUUCAUCCGUUACGUCACUGACCUCGACUACCUGGAGAAGAAACUGCCGAUGGUGGACAUGAGUGGCCUGAAGUUUAAAGAGCGAGACCAGCUGGAGGCUAUUUUUAAAUUCUGGCGGGAUGCAGAUGCCAAGACGUUUCAGAUCAGUAAGCUGUGGGAUUUACGGAGCAGGCAGUACCUGGGCAAUCGAUACGACUCCAAGAAAGGGGUCUAUGACUGGGACCUGCACAUGAAGCUGUACGAUAGAGGGGCUAAUAUAAUAAACAACCGACAAUAUUAUCAAUGGAGAGAUAAAGGUUUGGCCUUUGAGAAUCGCGAGGGGCUCUAUGAUGUUCCGAACAAGUCGCUUGCUUCAGGCAUGCUUGUCAAUUGUAAAGGGGAGAAGAUUGCAGCCCGUGGUUUCUGGGGAGACAUUGUUACAAGUCCAUAUGUUGCAUUUGGAAUUGUCAGUGAAGAAGAAUCUCUUCUGAAGAAAGCAAAUGGCAUCUAUGUUAAGACAGCGCAGGAUAUCUCUCAACACAAUGUCACAGCUUUGUUCCAUGAACUGGUCAGUAAGGAGAGGUAUGUACUACUGCCGUCAAAGGAAGAGGCCACUCUGACUGAGAUUACGGAUGAGGAUGAAGAUGAGCUGAAAGAGGCUUCUGGCACAAAGGACAAAGCAACUGGUGAAAGUGAGCAGAUGGUGACAGAGGGUCAAGCAGUGAAGCAAUGCCACGGGCUGGACAGUGUCUCCGGACCGGCUGAAUACGAUUACCUCCCACUGCCUGACGUAAAUAUUCAUUUCCUACCAUUAAACUGUGUGACAGAGCUUCAUAACAAGAGCAAUUACCGAAACCUAUUUAAUGUGAUCUACCUUUCCUGCAGUAUGGUUCACCAGUUAAAACCGGAGUUGGAGCAGAUAGCUGCCCCUCGGGCAACUCUAAUCGUGGAACUGACAAAGUUCAUGUUAGACUUGCGGAGUGAGACGGUGAGCAAGUUUGCCAAUCGUGUGUCUGAGCUGGGGGCUGGGGCCGGUUUCCUGCCUGUCGGGAGUGUGGACAGCGACAGAGAUGCGUUUGCACGGUUUCAACUAAAAGAGGACCCGUAAUAUUGUGAGGAAGCGAUGAGCCAAACACACCCUCAGCAUCAAUGUGUUCAGUGGCAAGUACCGAUCAUCCUGAAGCUCUCCAAUGGCCACACUGGGCUAGGAUAUCACUUACACGCGGGCCAAGGAAUGGCAUCACUUCACAAACAACCUGCUGAAGAUAUUAUCAUUAAAGAACAUGGUGUCACACAAACGGUGGAACAUAACAUUUUCUGCAUCGAAGCUCGGGUCUUUAAUCUGUAGUGCUGAAUAAAGAUGGAUUAACUUUGACAUA